AGUUUGAGCUUUAAACAAGUGAACAAAAGACAUCCGAAGAUCCACCUCAGCAUACUUUAAAUACCUACUCCGGAACAAGAAUUAAGGAAUCAUUUACUAUUGAGAGGACUCGCACAACCUGCUAAAAUGAUUUUCGACAGUUUGAAAAAGUUUGCCAUCGCCUUCGACUCUCCGGAGGUGGACUGUCCUCCGGUGUUCAGCAGCGGGGAUGUGGUGUCCGGCCGGGUGGUGCUGGAUCUGUCCCGGGAGAGUCGUGUAGACUCUCUAAAGCUCCACGCCGAAGGGUUCGCUAAAGUGCACUGGACCGAGUCCCGGUCCGCCGGCUCCAGCACCGCAUACACCCAAAACUAUAGCGACGAGGUGGAGUACCUGAACCGGAGAGAGGUGCUGCUCCAGGCAGAUAAUGGUGAAGCAACAGUCCUUCCUGCCGGCAGACAUGAAUUUCCUUUCAGCUUCCAACUGCCUGAGGAGACUCUGGUCACCUCCUUCGAGGGGAAACACGGCAGCAUCCGUUACUGGGUCAAAGUUAAGCUACAUAGGCCUUGGGCCACCGUCAAGAAGAUAAAGAAGGAGUUUACAGUCAUUGAACCCAUCGACAUCAACACACCGGCCUUAUUGGCGCCACAGGCCGGAACGAAGGACAAGAUGGCACGGGCGUGGUACCGUAACUUUGGGCAGGUGUCUGUAACUGCAAAAAUCGACCGCAAAGGGUACACACCAGGUGAGGUGAUUCCUGUCUUUGCGGAGUUUGACAACUCUACCUCCAGAUCAGUUGUGCCCAAAGCCUACAUCACUCAGACACAGACAUUCAUUGCCCGCGGCACUAUGAAGCAGAAGCGUGCGGUGGUUGGCACACUGUGCGGUGAUAUUGUGGGCGCCAGAUGCAGAGAGACAUGGCAUGGUCGCGCCAUCAAGAUCCCACCCGUGGGACCCUCCAUCCUACAGUGCCGCAUUAUCAAAGUGGAGUACAUGCUCAAGGUUUGUGUUGAUGUUCCUGGGACAUCAAAGCUGUGUCUGGAGCUGCCGCUGGUUAUAGGCACCAUCCCCCUCCAUCCCUUCGGCAGCCGCACCUCCAGCGUCAGCAGCCAGUACAGUGUCAACCUGGAGUGGCUGCGCAUGGCCAUCCCCGAGCAGCCUGAGCCUCCUCCAGAUUACAGCUCUGUGGUGACUGAGGAGGAGGCAGAGCAGCGCAAUAACGCGGUGGUCCCGCAACCUGUCGACGACCUGAGUGGGAUCCUGGAACGCCCCCUCAUGGCAUUUGUCCAAGAGUUUCGCUUCCGACCUCCGCCUGUGUACAGUGAGAUUGACCCAAACCCUCAGCCCUUCAACAUGAGACCUCGCUGCAUGACAUGUUGAACCAUGAACCCUGCCUGAGUGUUUAGCAACUUAAAUUAAUGAAACAAAUCAAGAGAUUUGUCUUCUCCUGGAUUACUUCUCUCUGAUGAAUGGCACCUGGUCCCACCAAGUGUCAUGUAGAGGGACUGAAGCGCCAUGGAGAGGUCAGGAGAUGGAGCUCGCAGGAACUGGAUGUCACUGGAGGAGCCGCCACUUGGUUUCCAAGUCCAUAAAGCAAAGUGGAUGCUUUCUUGUUCUGUUACAAGCAAAGUUUCCACAUCAGUUCCUGUCCUCCCCAAGUGACCUUUGGCUCCUGGUGAAGUGAGCUACAAAUACCUCCCAGUCAACGAUUCCCUUAUGUGAAGAGAAUUUUCAGAUUUAAGGAGUUUAGGACAUAUUGUGGGGGAAAGGUCACUUGAUAUUUAUCUGGUGCAGAGUUGGGGUUGCACCUGGUGUUCAGAUAUUUUAAAAAAAAACGCUCUUGAUAAUUUGACGAAUGUUUAGUAGCACAUUGUCAUCUUUGAGUGGCAUACAGAGAGAACUGCAAUUAUUGUCUUCAACUCCCCUUGUCCUAGCAACACAGUAGAUUUUAACAACCUACAUGGCUAUGCAUUGUGUGCCUGUGAUAAUUUCUACUGUUACUUAAGCACAUACUGUAUCUGAAGGAGAUACUAGAGCAGGCAAGUCAAUAAGCAGAUGUAUUUUAUGCAUGCAGGUCACAAUAUGUUAAAGGGAAAAAUAUGUAUGCCUUAAUUAUCUGCCAUUGAGGAUUGCAUGAGAGUUUCAGGGAGCCGUUCUCUCAGAGUUGAAUAGAUCUGAAUGUUUUCUGAAAGAACAAAAACGUUGAAUUGUACAUGGAUGAAUUCCUAGAGAAGUGCUAUGUUAAUGCAAGCCUUAAGGCACUGAAGUGUCAGAUAGCUGUGGGUGUUGAUAUUAACUCAGUGAUUAAAUAGGAUGAGCAGUUUGUGUAUAAAGCUGCACAAGGCUCAUAGAUUAGCUCUCCCAGCUGCUAAACAAAAGGAGGAGGAGGAGACCUCUGAGCCAUGUGGCCUGAAGCUUUUGAUGGGAGCCAGAUGCCUUGGUGCUGUGGGGCACUUUGUGAAGCUCAACCACUACUCAGCGUUCAAGUCGAGCCUUAAGCUGGGGAAGCCACUGAAAUGUAUGGACAAAGAACAUUCCAAAAACUGACUUGAGGAUUGUUUUCUCUUCAACUUCCAAAAAACUGUUAGGAGUAUGAAAGAAGUCUUCAGGGUCAUCUGUGCGACUUUGUCGGAACGCACUGAAAAAACGAAUGUAUUUUUAUACAAAUGCAAUUGUUGAAUCACAAUCUUGUCUAAGUUUUGUAAUUGUUUUUUCUAAUAUAAAAGCUUAAACUGA